ACCUGAACGGGAGCCGGGCCGGUGUGGCCGCCGCCGCCACCAUGCAGGAAAUCAUCGCCAGCGUGGACCACAUCAAGUUCGACUUGGAGAUCGCGGUGGAGCAGCAGCUCGGGGCGCAGCCGCUGCCCUUCCCCGGCAUGGACAAGUCGGGGGCUGCUGUCUGUGAGUUCUUUUUGAAGGCUGCCUGUGGCAAAGGGGGCAUGUGCCCGUUCCGCCACAUCAGCGGCGAGAAGACCGUUGUGUGCAAACACUGGCUGCGGGGGCUGUGCAAGAAGGGGGACCAGUGCGAGUUCCUGCACGAGUACGACAUGACCAAGAUGCCCGAGUGCUACUUCUACUCCAAGUUCGGGGAGUGUAGCAACAAGGAGUGUCCCUUCCUGCACAUCGACCCCGAGUCCAAGAUCAAGGACUGUCCUUGGUACGACCGUGGCUUCUGCAAGCACGGCCCCCUGUGCAGGCACCGGCACACGCGGAGAGUCAUCUGUGUGAAUUACCUCGUGGGCUUCUGCCCGGAGGGGCCCUCGUGUAAAUUUAUGCACCCUCGAUUUGAACUGCCGAUGGGAACCACCGAGCAGCCCCCACUGCCACAGCAGACGCAGCCACCUGCAAAGCAAAGUAACAAUCCGCCAUUACAAAGGUCGUCCUCCUUGAUCCAGUUAACGAGUCAGAACUCUUCUCCCAAUCAGCAGAGAGCCCCGCAGGUCAUCGGGGUCAUGCAGAGUCAAAACAGCAGCGCAGGCAACCGGGGACCCCGGCCGCUGGAGCAGGUCACCUGUUACAAGGUGAGUCCUGGGGCUGGGGGGCGGGGCGGGGGCUUCACAGUCAGCAGCCAUUCCCUCAUUCCCCAGAGAGUUAGCUAAUUUUGAUGAAUGUCUUAAGGCCCGGAACAAAGUGGGAGCACGAAUCCAAGGAACAGAGAAGAGUCCUGAAGUCUCUGAGUGUUCUCAGAUCCCACGUGACACACCCAAGGUGGGGGGACAAUGCUUUAGGCCUACCUGGGGAGGAAAUGGAUUAGAAUCCCCCUCCCACCACUCCUCCCCCCA